UUUCAAAUAAAUCUCUGGUAUUGACAUUUUCUUGAUUAGUGACUAGUAUAAAUAGAAGAUUUGAUAUUGAAUAGAAAUUAUUUCAAAUAAUCUUCCUGUUAGCUAUAUCUAGCCAUGUCCAACGGCUUGAAGAAAGACUCUGUUGUGAUUCUUCGUAUGGAUGGAGAAGACCUGCUUGAUUUCAUGAACAGCCCAGAUUUCGAAACAGUGACAAUCCCUCCUCAUUGGGUGAUUGAUGGGUCGUUUCAACAUUGUGUUGUCAUGGCGAUCAUGAACUUGACAGUGGAUCAUGGAAUGCCUCCUGUUUCUGAUGUUUGGGUAAAUAUAAAUGUUUUAAGACCGGCUCUGGAUUUGAACAAUAUGCGAAACGAGGAAGAUUUCACCCGUGAAACUAUCUUGGAAGAAACCAAGAAAGUGGUGAAAAAAAUUGCAAAAAUAUUGAAAGAACAGCCUGUGAUUGUUGCCCAUAAUGAAUCUAUCUUUGAUGGAAAUGAGAUCAAGAAGUUGUUGUCAAACAACAUUGAAUUCGAUAAGGUGUGUGAAUUGUGAUCAUCACUUAUCAUGUUCGAUCAGUUCAUAAUUAAAACUCAAUCAUGGAUUCUAUUGACAUGAAAAUAUUGCAGACUAUCGAUGAGUUGAUGGGAAGCUUGAAAUCAGAUGAUACUCAUAAGAUUUCUAAAGUUCGUUUUGCAAUUGAUGUGAUUAUUGCAUCUUCAGGGUUCUCUCCAUUCGGCAAUAAGGAAAUGGAGAAUUUGAUAGAUGGUGCAUUGAAGAAUUUGGAUUAUGAUGAUGAUGAUGAAGAUGAAGAUGAUGAUGUGAAGAAGAAGGAGAUGAUAAUAAAAGUGAUGAAUAGUAUUACAAUGGAAUUGGAGAAGAAACCUAUCUCUGUUAUUACAGAUUCAAUUGUUCAAGAAUCAAUUUCCUCUGAUACUUCAUCUUGUGCUUCCACUGUUGCUUCCACAAGAAAGUAGAUAUCUGUAAUUUUCUUGAUUUUGUUUAAUGUUCAACCAACAAGAGAGGUAAAAAUGAAUAAAAAUAGUAAACUUACUUUGAUUAGUACUAAGUUCAUUUUGUUAGUGUAACAAUUCAUAUUGUAAGAUUAUUAAUU